AUGUCGAAUCUCCCAUGGACGACCUCCAAAAUCUGGUCGGUGGGAGUUGACCCGUAUGACAGCGACACGGUGUUUGUGGGCACGCGCCCCAACGCGUUCCGCUCCCGCGACGGCGGCAAGAGUUGGGAAGAGCUGGACCUGGGCGUAAGGAUGCCCUGUCCCAUCGGCACGCCGCGCACGACCAACAUCAUCGUUGACCCUCGGGACACCCGCACCGUGUGGGCCGGCAUCGAGGUUGACGGCGUGUACCGCAGCCUGGACGGUGGCGACAACUGGACGCGCCUGCCCGACCUGGGCCCCGACCCGUUCCACGGCGACAUCCACGGCAUGGCCCUCAAACCAGGCCCAGAGUCCGCCAUCUACUGCACCACGCCCUUUGGCAUCUCCACCAGCAGCGACGAGGGAGAGAGCUGGGAGCUGCACGAGUUCCCACGCUUCCACGCCGAAGACCAGCGUUCCUACUGCCGCGGCAUGGUAAUCAAGCCCGACAACCCCAACGUGAUGUUCGUUGGCAACGGCGAUACCAUCCCCGGCGUAACCGGCACCAUCCGCCGCACUCGCGACGCUGGCGCCUCCUGGGACGCUCCAGAACUGUCGACGACGCCCAACUCGGUGGUGUACUGGUUUGCCGCCAGCAAUCACGUCCAGGAUGUCAUGGUCGCCGCCAGCAUCUACGGCUACGUGUACGUCAGCUCCGACGGGGGCGAUAGCUGGGACAAGCUGCAGAAGGAGUUUGGCGAAAUCCGUUCGCUGGCUCUGACGCCCAACAACUAG